AUGGCGGCGGAAAAGCGACUUAAAAAAGAGCUUGGUGAUAUAAAAAGCAAUCUAUCAACUGGUUGUGAUGUGAGCGUGAUUGACGAUAACCUAUUUCAUUGGAAAGCAUCCAUAACAGGACCAGACGACUCUCCAUAUUCAGGCGGGUUCUUUCACAUAGACAUUGUCUUUCCAGCAGACUAUCCCUUUCGCCAGCCCAAAAUCAACUUCACUACUAAAAUAUAUCAUGUCAAUAUCAGCGACAGCGGCAUCAUUUGCAUGGAAUUCUUGAUGGAGAAGUGGCAGCCGAUCAAUCUGGUAUCAAAUGUUCUCACAAAUAUCCGGUUGCAAUUGUCAUCCGUAGAAGAGGAUAACGCGAUUAACAUGGAGGCCGCAGGCGUGUAUAAAGCUGAUAAUGAGGCAUAUUAUCAAACAGCUAGAGACUGGACAAAGCUAUACGCCAGCAAAUCACAAACGACACAACACAUACAAUGA